UGAGUGUCAGUAACGUUCAAUAAAAAGAGCAAAUAGAAAAAUAUAUAAAGCAAUUAAUUUUGAUUUUGUAAAGCUCAACCGACGGACUUCAUUUUCACGCCUUUUGUUCUUUCCCGCCAAUCGAAGAUUCACAAGAACUGCGAGUUUCGUUUCUCUCCUUUUCCGUUUGGUUACUCAGAAAUUGUAAGACAGUUCAAAUUCUACAAAUUGUAAAAGUUUUUUAUUCUCUGCUCACCUGGACCUAAUUUCCAGGAUAGCAGAGACGAGAUUAUAAUCUCUGAAAGACUUUCUGCAUCUGAAAUCUGGUCUUGCUUCAUUUUCCUUCAUUUUCUCUACAAACAAACAGAGUUCCGUAAGCUUAUAGAUCAUCAUAGCGUAUAUGAUUAUGGCUUAUGAGGAAUUUGAAAUACGAGAAUAAAUUCUGUAUUUCUUCGUUAGUUGUUAAGUACAGAAUCAAACGUCUAUCAGAACUUAACAUCUAGAUGUUAUUUUCUCCAUUUGAAUUAAUUAGUGAUUGCGACUCCUCGUUUUGUUUUUUAUUAAUUUUAUGACGAUGUUUGAACAGAAUCGUCCGACUAUCGAGGUUUUGGGCGCAACAAACCGAUGACAAAUAUUACGGUGUGUAGUCGCUUCAGACCUUUGAGCUCAAAAGAGAAAAGAGUUCAUGGCGAUAGUGUUUGCAUUCGCAAUAUGGACACUGAAACUUUCAUUUUCAAGGAUGAGAAGGAAGAAGAGCUUGUCUUUAGUUUUGAUAGAGUGUUUUAUGAGGAAACUGUGCAAGCCGAUGUCUAUGAAUUUCUGGCUCUCCCAAUUGUUCGAGGUGCUGUUAAUGCAAUUAAUGGGACAAUCAUCACUUACGGACAGACUGGAGCUGGGAAAACAUACAGCAUAGAGGGGCCUAGCAUCCUAGAAAGUGAUGACCUGCAGAAAGGAUUACUUCCAAGAGUAGUAGAUGAUCUCUUUGAGUGUGUCAAAUCUGCUGACGAAUCAGACAAGUAUACAAUCAAGUUGUCAAUGGUAGAAAUCUACAUGGAGAAAAUCAGGUGUGCAUGCCCUGUAUCCGUAUUCAAGAUUAUGAUUCCAUUGGAUCUUCUUGAUUUAACAAAGGACAACAUAUUGAUAAAGGAAAGUAAAGUGCAAGGAAUAAUGUUAUCUGGAGUAACGGAGAUUUUUAUUUCAGACCCAGCAGAAGCCUUACAAAGCUUGUCUGGUGGGAUAGCUAACAGAGCAGUUGGAGAGACUCAAAUGAAUAUGGCCAGCAGUAGAAGUCAUUGUAUCUACAUAUUCACGGUUCAGCUAGAACUGCCUGAUAAGAGGGUAAAAACUGGAAAAGUAAUUCUUGUGGACUUGGCAGGCUCCGAGAAGGUAGAGAAAACUGGAGCUGAAGGGAAAGUUCUUGAAGAAGCCAAGACCAUCAACAAAUCUUUAUCAGCGUUGGGAAAUGUAAUUAAUGCUUUGACGUGUGGUCCGUCAACCAAAGCAAGUCACAUCCCCUAUCGUGAUUCCAAGCUUACUCGGAUUCUACAAGAUGCUCUUGGAGGGAACUCGAGGACUGCAUUACUGUGUUGUUGCUCACCAAGCCCUUCAAAUGCAGCAGAAACUCUAUCCACCCUUCGCUUUGGUGCAAGGGCAAAACAUAUAAAGGCAUCACCUACUGUUCAUCGCAGCCAAGAUAAACUUGCCAAAAAGCAGGGUGAAGUUGCUCCAAGUAAAGAUGAAUCAUGUGACAGAAUUCUAAAUAGGUUAAGGGAGAAAUUGGAUGUUGAAGAUGUGGAGUUACUUGAGGAGUUAUUCAUACUGGAGGGAAUAUUAUUUGAUCCUAAUUCAGUUGAGGAUUUGGAAUCAGCCUAUGAAGAUGUUACUCUACAAACAAUUUCAUCAUUACAGCAGGCUGUAGAAGAGCUUGUGUUUACAAUUGAGGAGCUUAAAAGUGAGAACAAGGCUCUUAAGGCCAGAAUAGAAGUUGCUGAAAGGCUUAAUGUUAUGCCCAAGGAAGCUGGAGAAAAUGCAAGUGUGAUGAGAAAGAUUUCAGAUACUCUAAGUUUCUUCAUCUCAUGGGUCGGAUCAUUCCCUCUGGUUAGGAUGCUGAAAUGAAACUAACUACUCCACAAGUGUUUGCUUAUAAGAUAUUAAAGAGUAUGUUGCUUGAUGGCGUUGGCUUGGCAUUGGGAUCGCUAUUCAAGCAUAGGAAGUAGUCAUUACACAGCUUAAUAUCUGCUAAUAUCAACAUGCCCACCCUGGGAAUAUAUGUAAUGGACAUUGCUAUUUCAUCUAAAUGCACAUUGCAUUAGACCAUCUCUCAUAUUAUAUCCAUGUUUUAAUAGUCAUUUUAUUAUACUUGCCUAGAAGGCCUAAAUUGUUAAUGAAGG